AUGGAAGCGGCAUUGGAUACACAAAGUGCAGAGUGGCGUACAAAGUUCGAGACAGUGCUGGACUACAGAGAGAUCUGCAAUACACUUAACAUGACUGAGCUCAACACUGUUUUUAUUUCUUUUAUCGUCGCGCCACGAGGCUGGUGUCGUUACGCGGGAAGGAGGCUUCCGACGUGGGGUCGACAUUCGACGGGCGCGCUGUCGUUGAAGUUUUGCUCUGGUCGAUGGAGCUGCAGUGGCACCCCGAACCCAGGUCUUGCCGUCGACGGUGAUAUCGUUUACAUGGCAGUUGAGUCUGCCCGCAAUGGGUUCGGUGAUUGUGGUCACGCUCCGAGCAAGAGUUCACGGUACUGUCAGGGGUGUGCGUUACUAGUUUUCGAUGCCCUUUGCCUCCCGGUGACGGACCCGAAGCCUCUCGAAGAAAAGCACCUUGUUGAAGUCCAGGUAUUUCGGCAGCGGAACUCCGCGACUGUUGGAGAGGACGCACACUGUUCGACAGCAGCGGCGAUGAUGAUGAACAGGGUAAGCAGGAACACGGUUGACGAUCUUCAUGAUGCUCUUGAAAGACAUCAAAAGGUAGCCUUGCUUCGUUCAGUUACGUAA